CUGGCAGCGUCCCAGAUAUUCCGGUGGAAGGGGUAAGCGUGCAAAUUUGCAAUCCCAGCCCCACCUGUCUGGGAGUAAAUCCUGUUGGAUUUCAGUAAUGCUUAUUGCUGAAUAAAUAUAUUUAGGUUUGCGGGUGCUUUGCCUUCGAUCUGGGGCAUACCGUAAGUCCCCUGCGAACUGAGCAAAGAGGCUCAGUCUCUUAAAAGUGGCGGCUCUCUAGUCCAAUUAAUGGCACGGGAAUUUCUAAAGGGUGGGGGGGAUUCAUCUACUUAUCUUGCAAAGUCCCCUGCUAACUGAGCAAAGAGGAUUCUCUUUAUUGAGCAGGGGGAGAGCAACUGGCCCUCUCCAGCCCCAGCACAGCAUCCCUUCAGUGGCUGUUGCUGCUGGUGUCUCUUUUAUGUCUCUUUUUAUAUUGUGAGCCCUUUGGGGACAGGGAGCCAUCUCUAUUUAUUUUUAUUUCUCUCUGUAAACCACUUUGGGAACUUUUUGUUGAAAAGCGGUCUAUAAAUAUUCAUCGCAUAAAAGGUGGGUGCAAAGGCUGCGUGGCUCCAACUCAAGGGAGUCUAAAGCUACGGAGACGAUGCUGAUCCAGCGGCUUGUGCUUCUCGGUGAAUGGUGAUGCAGGGACUUGGAGGUUGUACGUAAGCCAAAGCUGUCAAUUUUCCUAAUGGAAGAGAUUCCCCAAGGGACGUUCCAGGAUGAAUUGGAUUGGUGCAUCUUGCAGUUGGAGACCGGCCUCCUGCGUUUCAACCCAACUCCCAAACAAGCAGAGGAGACGCAGCGCAUCCUGGGGCUGUUGUGCUCACGCAAGGCUCCCUUCAUGAAGAAGAGGCAAGUCAUGCGCCGUGUCUUUGGGGACUACCGGCUGAAGAUGGCCGAGGAGAGGAAGAGAGCAGCAAAAGCAGCCACGAAGCCUGAAAAGAUGCCAAUACAGCCAGGAGAUACUCUUGCUUCGGGCAGCGUGGCAUACAGGAAGCAAUCCAGCCAGCCCUCCGCGGCGCAGAAAUCAUGGUUUACACCGUCUGAUAAUAGCUUUCAGUUUGACUUUGCUCUUUCCGAGGGAACCCCAGAAGAAGCCAGUGGAACGCUGGCCGGGAAGCAUGGGGUAGUUGACACCAAGGAGCAGUCUGCUGGCAGUGGUCCCUCCCCUCAUGAAGACUCGAAUGGGACAUUGGACUUUUCCCCUGGAGCCCAGAAGCUGGGAUUUGCUUUUAACUUUGCCAUCCCCGAUGAUCCCCCACGUGAGGGAGCAGCAGAAGCAGCUACAGAAGUUGACUCCCUGUUCACAGAAGCCGUGGUGAUGCCAGAGAGUCCAACUUCCCUGAAGCCUGAAAGAUCAGAUGUGAUGGGUGGAGAAUGCCCUGCCAAAGAGAGUCUUAAACUGGAGACUGCCCAAGGAGCUUUAAUGAAGACUAAAGAAAAAAUCCUUGGUGGAGGAGAGGGUGGAUUGCGCAAGAAGAAAAAGAAACGACAGCCCUCCAAGGCGGAACCAAAUGACCACAUAAAUGGAGAGAGCAAGCUACCUUCCAGGGGCCCAACUGAUCAGGCUCAACAGUCAGAUGAGCAGUUCAGGAGGGAGGUGGACUGGUGUGUGGAACAGCUGGAACUUGGCCUGAAGACUCGGAAAUCUACUCCAAAGCAGAUGGAGGAGGCACUCCGGGCCAUCAAGACAUUGCGCAGCGGCAAGGCUGUUCGGGCAAAAAAAUGCCAAGUCAUGCGAGCCACGUUUGGCGACUACAAAACUAAAAUGGCCGAGGAAAGGCAAAAACAGCUAAAGCUCAUGCAAGCAGCUUCAAAAGCGGCUCGUAUUGCAGAAGUAACUAAAGACGCCCGCAGGAAGAGCAGCCGCGUUUUCAGGAAGUCUGUGGAAAUGGCCAGAAGAGAUCAGAGCCCUGCAGAAUCUUCUCUUCCUCCUCCCAUGUCCUCAUCUUCCCCUGGGGCAGCUGAUGCUUGCCCUUUUGUGUUCACGUCUUCCCAAGAGGAGUUCCGCUUUGAUUUUUUCUAAAGAAAGCACAUUGGACAGUUGCGGGUUGAUUUUGAUCAGGCACUGAAAAUUUGGGGGGAAGUUUGCUUUUUUUAAAAAAGGCUUACAGAAAGGAAAUUCCAAAAAUUGAAACUGUUGUGUGGUUGAUUAGCACAAAAGAGGAUAACAAAGUGCCUUUAUAGGAGAGGUUCUCAACAUUGCAUCCCCAGAUGGUGUUGGGCUACAGAUCUCAUCAUCCCCUGUUGAAGUGGCUGAAGGCUGUGAGUGAUGGGAGUCCAGCAAACAAACAAACCUUUAACAUCAGCUUGAUCUGCAGAAAUUAGCCAAUGAAGUAUUCACAGCACCCCGUUAAACAUUACCACCUGCUAAUUCUCGCACAUCAGCUAUUGUUAAAGGCACAGCUGUAGAUGCCAGUUCAAGUGUUGGCAACUCUAACAACCAAACUCUGCACUUCUACAACACCCUGACUUUGUACCACUGCUUGGUGCUGAAUAGUUGAUCUCAAAACAACUGCCUGAUGUAGUUUGCUGUAAGGUCUGGGUAAUUGCCACCUACCCCAUUUUGACUUGGGCAAAGAUUUGGCGUCGCUUGUGGUGCCAUAAGCUUCUGAGUAAGUUGCAGGUGCCAUGGGAGAACCUCCCCACACGGACAUCCAUGGGGCGGGCUACAUGGGAACCCCCUCCCCUGGUAGAACUGUGCCAACAGCAGCCAUUCCUGCUGAUGGAAAGGGCUCAUUUAUGUGAAUGAUCAAUUAAAACAGGGAUUCCCAACUUUGGGCCCCCAGAUAUUAUUAGACUACAAUCCCCAUCACCCCCACCAAAGGCCAUUGUGGCUGGGGAUGAUGGGAGUUGUAGUUCAACUACAUCUGGGGACCUGAGUGGAAACCCCUGAAUUAAAAGAAGCUAGAAGAAAAGCGGCUAUCCUGUUGAACUGAUCAAGGAUCUGUUUUGCCUGGGAUCCCAUGCAAUCACUGUGUUUUCGGGGCCUGCCUUUUUCUUUUCUUUUUUUAAAAGAAAUUGCAUCAUGUGCUCCUAGAGUUGGCCUUGGAAUUCUACAGAGAGAAGAAGAAGUGGUGGGGCAAGGCAGGAGCUUUGCCUUUUGAUGCUUGACUCUAUAAAUAAAAAUGUUUGAGGUUCAGAA